AUGACUCCUCUAAAUGCUUCCUUUGUUACUGAAUUCAUUCUUGUGGGGCUAACAGACCUACCAGAUCUACAGCUGCCCCUGUUCUGCCUCUUUCUAGUCAUGUAUAUGGUCACCGUGUUGGGAAAUUUGUGCUUCAUAACUCUAAUUGGGCUGAAUUCACACCUCCACACCCCCAUGUACUAUUUCCUCUUCAAUUUGUCCUUCAUAGAUCUCUGUUAUUCUUCUGUGUUUACACCCAAAAUGCUGAUUAACUUCACAUCAACUAAAGUGUGUUCCAGCCUUAUGCUUGGUACAUACUUGAAGGCGUUUUUGGAUGCCAUGGCUCACACUGGAUGCAUGCUGAUGACAUCAAUGGCCUAUGAUCGCUAUGUAGCCAUCUGUAACCCACUUUUGUAUAAUGUUGUCAUGUCCCCUAAAGUGUGUUCCAGCCUUAUGCUUGGUACAUACUUGAAGGCGUUUUUGGAUGCCAUGGCUCACACUGGAUGCAUGCUGAGACUGACCUUCUGUGAUGCAAACACCAUCAACCAUUAUUUGUGUGACAUCCUCCCUCUGCUCCAGCUCUCCUGCACCAGCACCUUUGUGAAUGAACUGGUGGUUUUCAUUGUGUUGAGCAUCAAUGUGAUUGUGCCCACUGUGACCAUCUUUGUCUCCUAUGGUUUCAUCCUCUCCAGCAUCCUGCGCAUCAGCUCCACUGAGGGCAGGUCCAAAGCCUUCAGCACCUGCAGUUCCCACAUAGUUGCUGUUUCUUUCUUCUUUGGAUCAGGUGCAUUUAUGUAUCUUAAACCAUCUUCUGCUGGGUCUAUGAAUGAGGGGAAAAUCUCUUCUGUCUUUUAUACCAUUGCAGUUCCCAUGAUGAACCCUUUCAUUUACAGCUUGAGAAACAAGGACAUUAAACUUGCCGUGAGAAAAACUCUGAGUAGGAUUUUCAGCUAC